UUGUUGUCGCCCAGCAACUAGGAAACAAAACGCAUGCGCAGUGUUUAAUCGGUUGAGCUGGACCAGGCGUAUUAUAAAUGUCUCGUACACUAUUGAAAUAAGUUCACAGUCCUCGAAUGAUGUUGGGAAGUACAAUCAUAAACCAUCGACAGCAUGUUGGACUGCAGAAACUGUUGGCGCUGGCAGGAAUCUCACAUUCCUCUUUGGGCCCUUGUAUAAAGUACAAGUUUAUCCAAGAUGACAAAAGUGGGGAGUCUGCUCUUGUGUGCUCAUGUUUUCGCAUUAUUGAGACCCUGGAGCUGACCUGUGCAGUGGGUCAGCUGGUUUAUGAGACUAUUCAAGCCCACCAGAAGGUCUACCAUACAGGAUCAGGAUGCCUACUGUUCCUAGCAGGAGCCUGGAGCCGUGUUGCCCUGGACUGUCUUCAGAGAGGAAUUUCAGUAGGGAACAUAAUCUCAGCUAUGUCUGAAGGGAUGGAUGUAUGUCUGGAUGCUUGCAGGAAAUGUGCCGUUUCAAUUGAUGGUCUGGGUGUGACAUCGUUAGAGAGUUAUGCUGUGAAAGUGUCCAAGAAACCCAUCAAAAAUUCAUCGCCUGCAUUGUGCAGCAUGCAAGAAACAAUAAAGUUUGACCUCAAGACUCUGACCGUCGGUGAACAGAGAAGAAUAAAACUUAGCAGACAUUUUUGUGAGGCGAAGUCUGAAGAUUUCUCCAAAGUAUUGCUACAGUCUCCUCAGCCUAAGCUUCCUGACAUUGUACACAUUGCAGAGGGAUUGAGCCAUGGUUGUGAUGAUGCAAUGAAACUUGUUGUCGAAGUUAUUUGGAUGCAGUCAAAAACUAAUCAAGAAGAUGUGAGCUAUCCCAUGUUUGACAUUACUAAAGUGGUGACUUGUAUGCUCCCUGGUUUACCAGAGGACCACGGGUGCGUUGUAUUUGGCUGUGUUGUUCUUUUAUUUGCUGAACAGGCUACAGUCGCUCAUCACUUAAAAGAACAACAACUGAAGGUUGUUCUCAUAAAUGGAGAUUUAUCACAUACUUACCGCCAUCUUGGCUUUAACAGGCCGACAGGUAUGCACCGUGUGAGGGAUCACGUGGAUUUUUCAAGUUCGAGCAAAGAGGACGAAUGGGUGGAACAGACUGUGGCACAUCUGUUGAACCUGGAAGUGAACCUGAUACUAAUCCAUGGGCACGCUUGUGAAAAAGUGAUUCAGCACUGUUGUAGGCAUCGUAUACUUGUAGUGGAAAAUGUGAAGGCUUCUGUUUUGAAGACAUUUGCCAACUUGUCUGGAGUUGUUCCGGUAACCUUUGCUGCGCAACUGAGCAAGCAAAAUGUUGGCACUGGGGCAAAGGUUGCAAUAUGGAAAGACCUCAGUAGCCACGAGAAGAACGCCCUGGCUGUGAAUAUCUCAACUGGCAGCAACAGCGGGCUAGUUACAGUAAUCCUUACAAGCUCUAUACAUGGAAAGCUGCAGGCCCUGGAGGACCAGUUUUGGGCCUGUGCUUAUCGCUUACACUAUGCACUAAAAGACAGAGCUCUUCUACCAGGGGCGUGUGGGACAGAAAUGCUUUGUAUUCAUCACCUACAAAAGCGAGUGGAGUAUCAUGUCAUGUGUCACAGAGAAAAGAACGGUGAGAAAGGAACCAACCACUACACGCGUGUAGUGUUGGACCUCAUGGCAGAUGGUUUAAUAGAUUACAUAUCCACUGUAAUGGUUAACACUGGAAGAAUUUCAAAAGUCAAAGCUAGGACUGAGGUGAGCCAACAACUGCAGGACUAUAACAAGCAUCUAGGCAAUGCUACAAAGUCUCCACAACUUUUCUUUGACAGUAAAAAUCAGGAUAGUGAAGUCUUCACAGCACCAAAACCCAAUGAAGCACGAGCAGUGGAAAUCUAUGAUAAUCUGAGCGUGAAACAGGAAGCAUGGAGGAAAGCCUUAGAUCUUGUUUUCUUGGUUUUACAGACGGAUGCAGAGAUUAUCACAGGCGUAGACCAAAAAACUGAGAUUGCCGAGAGCAGUCUCUUGCUGUUGUGAUGUUCAUGUAGAAUAUUUAGGCAAAAGAUUUCACUCUACAACAAAAACUGUUUUUUCUUCCUAAACAAAGUGAUUUGUAAAAUAUGCUGUAAUUAAUACACAGUCAAGGGCUUUUGAAAAAUGUUAUUACCUAUUUUCUGCCACAAGGGGGAGACAUCCUCAUUCUGAAUGUCUUCAGAAUUCUUUCUAAAACUUAUAUUAAAAAGUAAUAAAUAAUAAAGUUAUGUUGAAUAACCAAAUAAAUGUAGUUUUCCUUAUUUUUAAUUAACUUGGCCUUGUGUCCUCUGUCAUUAUGAUUCUCUAUUCCCCCUGGAAAGUCCCUUAAACAUUACUUUUAUUUUAUAAUAAAACAAUCAUGACUAACCUGAUGUAGGUUAUACAUAUCCUUGAACACAUGUUGACUUUGCACACAUUUCAGGCAGGGAAAACUACUGCUACAUAUCCAAACCCACAAUUAGGUUUCGUGCUCGAGGGCUGAAUUUUGUUGUGCUUCUUCGUCUUCGAACACUUGCUUAAUGAUAUUUGCCUAAGCUUCAUUAAGUGUCUACAGUUUGGCUAGUACUGCUCACAUUGAACGCUGACACUGCUUCUGUGCCAGGUGCGGCUCUUUUAUGACUUUGUGUGUCAUCAUUGGCAUGGUUGAUGCAGAAGGAACACCUCCAGACAGAGUAAAUGUUUUUGGUUAAAUCUUACUAGUGUCUGUGCUUUAAAAUACAUUUUCAGAGGUGAUGUCAGUUAUUCGAAUCCUGGAAAUCUUUCAUUAACACUUUCCCUCCUACAUGAUCACCUAAAGGUCACAUAAAUAUUAAGAAAGUCUGCAGUUUGGGCGGCUUUUAGAGUACUUAUACAUAUAUAGAAAUUUGUAAUAGGCUAUUUAUACAAUACCUAUAUUAAGAUAAGUAAAAAUGAUUACGACUUGGAAAAUUCAAGAACUGCUCCCAAUACACUGUUCAAUUUGGUUGGUGUCUUGAAAAAUUUCCCUUUUUUGCAUGUUGUGUUUUAGAGGUGACGGUUUCAAUGACUUGCGUGGUCUUCCAUUUCCUCUGAGGUCACAGAGAGCACAGCUCAUUACACCCUAAAAAUAGUUCAGUGAAAUAAAAGUGUUACAAAGGUUUUACGGUGGAGACAGAAUAGUCUUGACUCAGACAUCAUUCAGUGUUGUUGCAGGAUUGAGAGGGGAGGGCAUGACAUAACGUAACACACACAACACUGGGGAGGAAGGUUGGAACGCCAAAACUGGUGACACAUCCGAGAGUUCAGGCAUGAUGUCAACUGGGAGCACAGCUGACUUUCUACUGGUCCCACACAAGCUUCAGAUGUGGUAACGUUUACCCAGAAGCCCAGAACAGUAAGUGCCUAUUUUGACAAAUGCAUGACCUCCUCCUGGAUAAAUAACUUUCAUCACUCAUCAUCCAGGCAGCUGGUUUGGAGAAAAUUGAGAAUAGCAAUUAAAAUAACUGGCUCGUGAGGGUUUCUUUUUCAUCUACUGGCAUUUCUACUUUACAUUGUUAUUUUUUUCACUUAUGAAUAGCACUUACUGAAUCACUACCAAGAUGCCUCUGUUGGCUUUCUUAUUAUGUCCCUCUUUUCCUGCUCUUGAACAGACUGGAUGAAUGAAAACACUGGUUCUGUUCACAUGGUUGCUGUGGCUCUUGGCUCUCCGAAGGGUCUCAGAGUCCAAAUUGCACGUCCCCCUUCUUUGCCCUCCUCUCCUUUCCUGACUUCUGCUGGGUUGGUUGGUUAAAUCAGUGAGCAUUAGUGGGCGUGAGCAUGUGUGUGUGUGUGUGCUGGGGCUCCUAGGGCGCAUGCGAACUGAGGCCCAAAGGGGAAAGCCUUCCACACAGAUCUAAGCCAGCUGCCCUGCUCUAAACACUCCAUUGCAAGAAGAGUAGAAGAAAGAAGCGACCUCCAUGCAUCCCCCCUACCAGUGUGCUCAAAGUACACUGGCAAAGCAGCUGCCAGCUCUACAAACGGCAGACAAGCGUCUAUAAAUUGUAGAUUUCGAUCUUGCAUAGGAGUCCGUAGAAGUGUUACUGCUUCAGAUCCUCAGGACUCAAA